GUUACGGUUUGCGACAAAACACUUGAUUUGAAAAUUGUUUGUCAAUUGAACGCAACAUUUGAUGUUAUAAUCCACUCAUCGCUCGUUCGCCGCUUCUUGGGAUCAAUUUGGGUGACAAUGAGUGAACUCGACUGCGACGACGAUCUCAGCGCUGAUUAUAACGACUACGAGAUCCGCGACUCGGAUGAAGACACUGAAGACGCCUCUGAGACGGAUGUUGUCCUCAAAUACGACAAUACGGACAAUGAGUACACAGAGAUUAAGGAGCAGAUAUAUAGGGAUAAGUUGGCCACUCUUAAGGACCAACUGAUCCAAUUGGAAGCGGGUCUUCAUCCGGAAUAUGUCCGUAAAAUAAGACGUUUGGAACAGUUAUACGAAGAGAGGGUACUAUUGGAUGAAGUGUUUCUCGCUUUCGAGAACGAACGCAUCGAAAGGGAGUACAUAUCGGAGAAGAGGUCAGCCGUACGGGAGUUCGAGGAGAGGAAAGUGGAGUUAAAGGAGAGUCUGCUCUCCGAGUUGGAGGACAAGAAGAAGAUGAUUGAAAGCGAGAGAAUAAGUCUUGAGUUGGCGAACGACUCGACGGAACCGAAGCCAUUGACCACAAGAAAACUGCGGCGAAGGCCUAACGAACCGAUUCCCAUACCGGAGAAGCGGCGCAGAGCCUCACCUGAUAUCCUUUGA